AUGCAGAUGGGCAUGAAGAAGCUGGGAAUUGACAAGGCAACCGCGCUGCAGCUCCUGAAGGAUGCCGACUUGGACGCCGAUGAGAAGUUGAGCCCCGAGGAGUACCAGGGCCUCGAAGGCACCGCCAAGAAGCUUAAAGGGCAGCAGCGGUUGCUCCAGGACGGCGACGAGAAGGCCCAACUGAGUUUCAGCAAGGCGGACACGGACGACAGCGGCUUCAUCGACAACAAAGCGGAGUUCAAGAAAUUGAUCCAGAUGGGCAUGAAGAAGCUGGGCAUUGACAAGGCAACUGCGCUGCAGCUCCUGAAGGAUGCCGACUUGGACGCUGAUGAGAAGUUGAGCCCCGAGGAGUACCUGGGCCUCGAAGGCACCGCCAAGAAGCUUAAAGGGCAGCAGCGGUUGCUCCAGGACGGCGACGAGAAGGCCCAACUGAGAUUCAGCAAGGCGGACACGGACGACAGCGGCUUCAUCGACAACAAAGCGGAGUUCAAGAAAUUGAUCCAGAGGAGCAUGAAGAAGCUGGGCAUUGAUAAGGCAACUGCGCUGCAGCUCCUGAAGGAUGCCGACUUGGACGCCGAUGAGAAGUUGAGUCCUGAGGAGUACCUGGGCCUCGAAGGCACUGUCAAGAAGCUUAAAGGGCAGCAGCGGUUGCUCCAGGACGGCGAUGAGAAGGCCCAACUGAGGUUCAGCAAGGACGAGGAGGACGAGGAGGACGAGGAGGACGAGGAGGACGAGCAGGAUGAGGAGGACGAGGAGGACGAGGAGGACGAGAAGGACGAGGAUGACGAGGAUGACGAGGAGGACGAGGAGGACGAGGAGGACGAGGAGGACACAGACGACGGCGGCGUCAUCGAUAACAAAACGGAGUUCAUCAAACUGAUGCAGAGGGGCACGAAGAAGCUGGGCAUUGACAAGGCAACCGCGCUGCAGCUCCUGAAGGAUGCCGACUUGGACGCCGAUGAGAAGUAG